UCCGUUUCAAGUUUCAAGUCGGAAGCUUAAUCGGAUAAUCAAAGCAGCUUCUGGAUCCCAAUCUCUCCUGCUCAUGCUUUGCUGAAAAUGGGUUUCGGCGCGAUUAGAUCGAUUAUCCGACCACUGUCGAGAACCCUAGCUUCUCGUGUCGCCGCUAGCUGCUCGCCUCCGCCGUUUCCUGCUGCGAAACCCGAGUUAUGCUCAUUCUUCGGUGGAUCGAGGCUACCAUGGAUUCCAAUGGCUAACCAUUUCCACAGCUUGAGCUUAACUGAUACUCGGCUCCCGAAGAGACGACCCACGACUCAUCCCAAGAAGAAAAGAUUCAAACUUAAACCUCCAGGGCCUUAUGCAUAUGUUCAGUAUACUCCUGGCGAGCCAAUUGCUUCCAACAACCCCAACAAGGGUAGUGUUAAAAGAAGGAAUGCCAAGAAGCGCAUCGGCCAGCGCCGCGCCUUCAUACUGUCUGAGAAAAAGAAGAGGCAAGCGCUGGUGCAAGAGGCCAAGAGGAAGAAGAGAAUCAAAGAAGUGGAACGUAAGAUGGCCAAAGUCGCAAGGGAGAGAGCUUGGGAAGAAAGGCUGGCUGAGCUUCAGCGACUCGAGGAAGAGAAGAACAAAUCAAUGUCUUCUUGAAUUGCUGCCUUCACUCAACCAAAAAACAGAGAAUAAAUCUUUCUUUGUUGUUUUCGAGAGAUUUACUGUUUCUUGUUUCAUGAGAUUGCUGUGUAUUGAGGAUGGUCAUCAUUUUAUUCAGCAAGAGAAGUCUAAACAAGUCUCGGAGGAGAUGCUCUCCUUCUUCAAUAAGUUACGCACAAGAGAGUAAUCUAUGACGCUAGUAUCAGUUUAACCAGUAAUGUGAGUGUGUGUUUUUUCGCAAAAUAAAGACAAAACAGAUCUAAUAGUCUUUUAUAUCAUCCA